AUGCUUUCACCAACGUGCGCCGACUCCGCCGAGGAAAUGCAGCAUGACUGGGAUGAGCUGCAAACCUACACGCCCUACUUCUUGGUUUGGGGCCUUCGCAGCCUCUUGAACAGCUUCGGCUUCUACGCCCUGGCGCACACCUACCGAGCGCAGAAGCCCUACGGUUUUCAAGUGCACACCUUCUAUGUCGUGGUGGUCAUCGGCUUGUCCUUCAUCUCCGAGCGGCUCAUGGCCACCAGCUUCCGCGUCUUCGCGCCUCAGAGCCCGCGUUCGCUUAAAAUUCUCCGUCCGGAGAAUCGAUAA